CACCACAAUCAUUAUUACGAAGAAAUUCAAUAAUAUCAAAUCAAAUACCAAGAAGUAUAAAUCCAAUGAUGAUUGAAACAAAUAUGAUUGCAGCAUCAAUGAAAGGUGCUGGUGGUGGGGGUAAAUGGUGGGACAUUGCUCGUCAGCCAUCACCAUCAUCAACAAUGAUUGAAUCAUCAUCGUUUGAUGUAACCAAACAACAACAACAACAACAUAUGGAUGGUCGUCAUACAAAUUUAAUAUUACCAUCAUCAUCAUCAGGCGGUGGUACAAAUUCCAUUCAACAAACAAAUCAAUUAUUAACAUCAAUGAAUUUACCAUUACGUAAAAAACAAAGAAAAUUAGUACGUGAUAAUCCAGGCAUACUAAUUGCUAUUACACGUGCAAUGAAAAUGGCUAUUAAUGAAUGUCAAUUACAAUUUAAAGAUCGUCGUUGGAAUUGUCCGGUUAAUGAUUGGAAAAAGGGUAAACAUGUUUUUGGUAAAAUUAUUCAAAGGGGAUGUCGUGAAACAGCUUUUGUUUAUGCAUUAACAAGUGCAGCAGUUGCACAUUCAAUUGCACGUGCUUGUAGUGAAGGUAUGAUUGAAACAUGUACAUGUGAUUAUCGUUAUAAUCGUAAACCAUCCGGUAUGGAUUGGGAAUGGGGUGGUUGUUCAGAUAAUAUUGAUUUUGGUUAUAAAUUUGCUCGACAAUUUGUUGAUUCAGCUGAACGUGGUCGUGAUCUUCGUUUUGUUAUGAAUCUACAUAAUAAUGAAGCUGGUCGUUUGCAUGUAUCAAAUGAAAUGAGACGUGAAUGUAAAUGUCAUGGUAUGAGUGGAUCAUGUACAUUACAAACAUGUUGGAUGCGUUUACCAUCAUUUCAUGAUAUUGGUAAUAAUUUAAAAGAUCGUUUUGAUGGUGCAUCACGUGUAUCAAUUAGUAAUGAAUAUCGUGGUUUCACUAGGAAAAUGAUGAAACAUGUUCAAUUAAAACCAUAUGAAAUGGGAUAUAAAACACCAACACGUGAAGAUCUGAUUUAUUUCGAAGAAUCACCGGAUUUUUGCAUACCAAAUCAUAAAUAUGGUAUAAUGGGUACACAAGGUCGUCAAUGUAAUGCAUCAUCAAUCGGUGUUGAAGGUUGCCAUCUUCUGUGUUGCGGUCGUGGAUAUGAAACUGAAGAAAUUGAAGAAUAUGAACGUUGUAAUUGUACAUUUCAUUGGUGUUGUCAGGUCAAUUGUAAAAUAUGUAAAAUUAAGAAAAAAAUUUAUCGCUGUUCCUGAACACAUCAUCUAAUCUGCGAAUGGAUUCAUUCACUUUGAUAGAAUUGAUGGCCGCUACAAAAAAUCACAUCACCGCACUUGUAACAUCAUCCGAUAAAAUCCUUUUUUCUUUAAUUUCGUUGAUUCUUUUUCU